AUGUCAGAGGACUAUCGACAGAUCCACACAUGCCCACACAUAGUGGAGCAGAAGGUGUUGCUAGACAUCAGGAACAUGCUGCAAUCGAUGGGAAAAGACAUAACGUUGUUCCCUUUGCCCAACAUUGAUGAGUCGCAUGACACUAUCGAUGGCGAGGCUAGAGAGAUCAUUGAGGAGUCCUCAAUCGAGGUAGACAUUGAGCACGCUUCUCUAGCAUCCUCCCUUAACCUCGAGCAAAAAUCUACCUACGAUGAGAUAUUAUCCGCCAUCGAUAGUGGCAAUGGAGGUGUCUUCUUUGUAGAUGGCCCGGGAGGCACUGGGAAGACUUUUUUAUAUAAAGCAUUACUUGCGAAGGUUCGCAGCGAGGGCAAGAUGGCUGUGGCAAUUGCGACAUCGGGAGUUGCAGCAUCUAUCAUGCCUGGAGGCAGGACCGCACACUCAAGGUUUAAGAUCCCGCUCAACAUCGACGAAGGCGCAACAUGUAGCUUUACGAAGCAGAGUGGGACGGCCAAGCUCCUUCGCAUGGCAUCUCUCAUAAUAUGGGACAAGGCCUCUAUGACAAAGCGCCAGGCAGUUGAGGCACUCGAUAAUAGCAUGCGGGAUAUAAUGGGCCGACAUGACCUGCCAUUUGGGGGGAAGACCGUUGUGUUUGGCGGGGACUUUAGGCAGGUCCUCCCAGUUGUCCGGAAGGGGACGAGGCCCCAGAUUACCGAUGCGACUUUGCGCAUGUCAUACCUAUGGGAAAGCAUGCGACAACUCAAGCUCAUUCGUAACAUGAGGGCACAGAACGAUGAGUGGUUUGCAGAUUUCUUGCUACGUGUCAGGAAUGGCACCGAGGAGACAGGCGAGGAUAGCAACAUUUGCCUGCCUCAAUAA